AUGGAGGACGACUUGCGCUCUGCCGACGUGGUGCUUGUUGGCACAGGCCUGGUGCAGUCGCUGGUGGCGGCCGCCUGUGCCCGUGUCGGCAAAAAGGUGAUCCACACAGACGCCUUCCCUUACUAUGGUGGCUCAUGGGCAGCCUUGACCAUCAACGACUUUGAGGAAUUACAAGAGAAAGGAAACACUCAGGCAAGCAGCAGCAGUGAAGAUGCACAAGAAGCUGGCAUUCGCUUGCAGCACGGUGUGGAGGAUGUCUUGAUCUGGGACAGCGGCGUUGAGAUUCCUCGCCGCCGUCAAGUCCUGAUUGAUCUCUGCCCAAAGGCCUGCUUUGCGCGUGGAAAGUUGGUGCAGCUGCUGAUUUCCUCAAACACGAGCCGCUAUCUUGAGUUCAAGGAAGUGGCCCGCCUCUGCCAACACAACGGCACACUCACCGAUGUGCCGUGCACAAAGGCGAACCUGAUGACCAACAAGAUGAUAUCGCCCAUGAGCAAGCGCAAGCUCGUCAAGUUCCUGCAGUUUUGCCUCGAAGUCGCAAAGGGGGCGGAAGACAAGCAAGUGCCACAAGACACGACCUUUGGGGCGCUCCUCUCGUCCACUUUUGGUCUCGCGCCGGAAUUGCAGGAGUACAUCCUGAGCUCCAUGACCUGGCUCGACGGCACGGCGACGGCCGAGGAGGGGGUGGCGGCAAUGGGACGAUUCCUCACGUCCGCUGGCGUCUUCUGCCCAAGCCCGCUCAUCUUCCCCGCGUACGGCAUUGGCGAGCUUCCACAGGCGUUUUGCAGGCUGUGCGCCGUAUUUGGAGGUGUUUACAUGCUCAACAUGCAGUCCAUCGUCGUCUCUACCACAACGCCAAAACAACAACAACAACAACAACAACAACAACAACAACAACAACAACAACAACAACAACAACCACAACAACAACAACAACAACAACAACAACAACAACAACAACAACAACAACAACAACAACAACAACAACAACAACAACAGCAACAGCGACAGCAGGAAGACGGCUCGUCUACCGAUGCGCCAUCAACAGCGACCAGCGUGCGUGGCGUGCGGCUGGGUAGUAGUGGUAGCGGUGAUAGUGGUGAUGAGUUUGACAUCCAAGCGCCAAACGUGGUGCUCCCCUGCGACACUGCCCCAUCUGUUUCGGGCGCCGACGUGUCGCCUCCAAUGCUGUCGAAGUUUUCGCGCGCAGCCUUCCUGCUCAAGUGCGAUGAGUGCGAGUACGUGAGUUCGCAGCAGGCGGUGGCCAUUGUGAAUGUGCCUGCAGCAACGUGCCAUCUGGACCACGUGUGCAGGGCACUCAUCUUCUCCUCCAACGCAGGCGUUUGCCCACGCGGUUACGUGAUGUGCCACCUCAUCACGGAGCAUGCACGCGACAACGACUGGCAGGAUGGUCUUCAGCGCGUGCUGAGCCUCCUCUUCCCAACUCACACCAAGGCUGCUCCCCAGAAGGACACCGAAGAACAGCCGGGAGCCGAGGGCAAGGACACGGGGCCUGCGCACACGCAAGACCAGCAGCAAGACCAACAUGAGCAGCCAGAUGCACGCCCCGCUGAGGUUGCUGACGUUGCUGACGUUGCUGAGGGUGGUGACACUUGUCCUGCUUCUGCUGCUGAGGAUGUUGGCGACAGUGCGAGCACGCCAGGGAAGGUGCCGCAGCAGCAUGAUGGCGACAGCGAUGGCGGCGAUGAAGGCGAAUCUGUGACGACGAGUAGCGAUGGUGUGGUUGGUGAUGUUGAAGAACAACAGACCCAGGGCGGUACAGAAGACACACCAGCGCCAGCACCACAGCUGGUGUGGAGUGUGAUGUUCCGUGGCCUCUCCCCGGCUGGCGACUGGACCCGCCCUGAGACACACACCACCAACGUCCACGGCCUCUGGACAUGCAGUGGUUUCGGAUCGGCGUCGCCUGGCUUUGACGAUGCGAUUGCAGAGGCCCAGUGCCUCUUCUCCGCCAUGUACCCCGGUGAAGACUUUCUGCCUCGUGCGCCAGACUACGAUGAAAUUGUGCAUGACGACCACGACGGCACCGCCAACGAGAAUAGUGAUGGUGAUGGCGAUGGUGGCGAUGAUGAUGAUGAUGAUGGUGGUGGUGUUGGUGAUGGCGAUGAUGAUGCUGGUGGUGAUGGGGCCGACAAGGAAAUCGGCAAUGUUGUGGACAGCAGGAAUCCCGACGAUGACAUGGUUGGGGACGAAGAUCGCACAGAGGAAGAGGCGCCAAUGUCAAAUGAUUGACGCGCGGUUGACGUUUGCGCGUCAGUGCGUGCGUGUAUGUGUCCGCGUGCAUGUGUAUGCGUGUGUGUGUUUCUUGGUGCUGGCGCACGAGCCACGACAUGAUACAACACGCACGCACACACAUACACACAACAACAACAACAACAACAACAACAACAACAACA